AUGGCAGUGCAGCACAAGAGCUUGGGCGGGCGAGGUGCGUCCACGGACCAGCUCUGGGAACUGCUCGAGGACAAGACUGCUGCUGCCGGUGGGGUGAUCUGCAUUUCGUCACUGCCGUUAGACUUGCGGACCCUCGACCCUUCCCUCGGUCUCCCCGCGAUCGUACCGCCGUCCCGUCACCCGUCUUCCAUCUCGCGGCCUCACUCGUUGAUUUCACUCUCUUCAUACUACACACAAGACGCUCCUUUGCCUGUUGACCAGCAUUACUUCUCACAAUUUACUCUGCCUGAGGCGGCCGCCGCCAUCAUGCCAGGCCCGCUGAGGGAGCGCGAUCCCAACGCGUACGCGUCGAGACGCUCAUCCAUUCAGUUCCUCGACAAUUUCCGACCCAAGUCGUAUCUCUCUCACCAGCGUCUCCCGGAGAAUGACCUUGUCUCCACCGACGAGUCCGAGGAGAACACGGCCCCGCACUUUAUGACCAGUACUACUGCUUCCGCUUCACGCAGCGUCACCCCGCCGGCCCAAGCGCCCACUCACCCCAAGCCCCGCCGCACCCCAACGCCUCACUCGCUCCUUACCUUGGCCGCCUUCGGCUCCAGGCAACCAGGCACCGAGCACGUGGGUGAGGUUGCCACCUCAGUGAAAGACACCAACGAUACCCUCACUACUUCUUCGGAGCGCUCGUCACAGGUCGCUUGCUCCGAUACUGCAGUCGAGAAACCACUGCCGAGUCGUCCCGUCGCUCAUGUUGUGAGCACCAGUCCUUACAGCGAGGGACGCACGCUCAUCGACGCAUCGGAAAGGCCUCUUCGCCGUUCGCCCGGCACGCCCGACGAAGAGGAUUGGCCAACUCUGUCCCCUGCUCAGUCCGAGACAUCAGAAAUCCUUCGGAUUUCCUUUCAAUCCCCCGCACCGACUCGCACACCCAUGGAUUCUGCACCCAACCACAGAGAAGAUCUCAGCGCCUCCCUCUCUGAGAUCCUUCAACCCAGGACCGGUGCCUUCUACUGGUCGGCCGGCCUCACCACCCAACUCAAAGAGCAACUCGGACAGCCACACUACUACUUCCUCUCUUCCUCAGCCAAAGCCCAGGCUCCGGCGCUAUUCCUCGUCCGCGCGGCGUCGCUCGCCCCAGUGGUGCUGUACAAGCCAGCAACACACGCCAAAAACUUCACCAGCCACACUCGGAUCACCCUCGCGGAUAUCCUCGCAUGGAAAUUCCAAAGUCAACCUCCCCUGAGCUUCGCUCAGCGCAAGAAAAGUGCGAUACCUGUCCCUUCCCGAACCACGUCUCCGCAAUUGAUCCCCGCCGGUCCUGCUGUCUUCACUCUGAAGGCCAAAGUAUCCACGCCUUCGUCCUUGGGUGGCAAGUCAUUGUCCACGAUUGAGAGCGCCGACACUGGUAGGAUCGAACAGGACAUAGAAACCAGUACCGUCAUGAGACCUGGUCCGCAGCGUCGACCUACUCUCAGCAAGACUUUCAGAGAGUUUAAGCAUCUCAGUGCUGAUACUGAUGCUGACCCCACGACUAUAUCUGCGCAGACUGACACCACGGUGUCACGGCCUUCGAGCCGGACGGAGAGCUUACUUUGGGUGGAGACGGAGGACAGUGAGGGAAUUCAUGCCGACGAACUGAUCAUGGGACGCAAGUCAACGCCAUCGCCUCCUGUUCAUCCAGUCAGUGUCGCGUCUGCUAGGUCAUCGGGCCACAAGUCUCGCGACCUGCACCGCAGGGCCGUCACUAAUGAGCACCGUAAGGCCUCUGGUCAAGGCGAUGUGAGCGGCGGGAUGCGUGCUAAAUUAAAGAACGCAGCUCCCGUGAAGACACCUCGUCGUCAGGACAGCGCAGAUUCAAUCCAGGCUGAGGAUUUCACGGUCAGACCUGCAAUCCAGCAGGAACACUGCAGUUCUGAUUCUCUUCCGCGCCUCUACACUCGCCACAACUGUGCAAGCCAAGGUGCGGAGAGCAUCCCAGAUGACAAAGAGAGGCUUGCUGCAGUGUCCCAAACUCUGGCUAUGCUCGAGGGCGGCCACAGGAACGGCGCCGAAAAUCCCCAGUUCAAGCAAGAUGCUGCACUCGCUAGGGCCUAUAUGAAUAAAGCUCAGAAGUCACCCAGCAGCGCAUGUUCGAGCGACGUCUUUGCGAGCAGUCAGGCUCAUCGCAGCAGUGGCGGCUUGGUUCGUUCCGACUCUGGUCAUAGCACCGCUAGCAGCAAGCGUACUACCAACCUCUCUCGGGGCGCGAUGAACAUGAAGCGCUCAUCGUCAGUUGUUUCUAUAGCCUCGUCGCGUCCACCGGUCCCAGCCAAAGACUAUAGGUCUGCCUCAAAGGUUCCGCCCAAAAACCCCUCAAUCGAGAAGCGCAGUUCUGUCGGGCAGGUUGGUACGACUAGCUUACGGAGCCCUUACGGUCUUGCAAAUGGUUACAGCGCAACUCCAUCAAACAUUCCUCAACCAUCCAAUGGAUGUGGCUCAUCUGCACGUCUUAGCUCGAGACAGGCCAUGACAGAUACAUCGCGGUCCGUUUCUGGGGAGAAGCGAUCCAUGUCCAAGGCUAAGCUUACCAUGUCUGGUUUCCGCGGUUUCUUCCACAAGAGAAAUGAUAACAAAUUCUUGAACAAGGCGGGAGAUAAGAAGAAGCGCUCCAACACGAAGGUCACAUCGACUGGGAGCCCAAUGCCAGAGUUGGGAAAACGGUCUGGACACCGAGUCACAAAGACAUCUUCUUGUCGACGCAGCCCUGGCCGCGCAGGAACUCUGACCAAGGCUUGCCACAAGCACCCUGCUGAGUUCGUAGCUGCGUCGCCACCACCCGAGACAACGCAGAAUUCCGAUAUCACCCAGACUACUGCCUUGGCCAUGCACAUCACGACAAUGGCCCGAGAACAAGAGGAUGACUCGAAGAAGCAUCAGUUGCUCUCUGUUGCAACUGCUAUGCUUGGUGCCAUCGACAGUGCAAAGCACGCAAAGAUCGCGGCUGAACAAGCUGCACAGGCUGCUCGCGAGGCGAGUAUGCACCAAGAGAUGACCCGGCAGAGCCUCAUCGCUAUCAACAAGAUCCUCACCAACUCGCCCGGAAUCAUGGGCACCCUUUCACGUUCCCGUACCAGCCUACGCCAGAGGAGUUCACGCCCCUCCACAGUAAUGACUUCUAGCCAUGGGGAUGCUCGCUAG